CGGGGACGGGACGGGAGUGCCGGGAAUAAAAUUGGUGAGCUAUCCGAGAUGGGCAUCCGAGAGAGGAGUCAAUGUAAUAUGUUGACCGGCAUAGGAAUAUCGAAGGACAGCGGCGAUCCGCGGCGCCAAAAUGGUAGGGGGGUACUGGCCGGAGAUCCGGAGGAUGGUAUAAGAGAAGAAGGGAUACGAAAUCAGCGCCAGUUAUAUUGACUUUCCUUUAAGCGACACGCGCGUUACACACGUACACUCCGCGGGAGGAUACACAUUAAAUUUCCACGAUGAGGCCACCGCUAGAAAUGCUACUAGUUAUAGUAGCGUUAGCUACGCACGCACGUGGACUCCCCUACGGAGAAUUGCAAUCUCAAUUGCCGACACGAGACAAACUUGUCUGGUACGGUGACGGUGUUUCCCAGGCUCAAAACAACGUUUAUCCUACUUACAAAGAUAACAUCAUCCCGGAGCAAAUUGGUCGAGUACAAUUUAACUGGGAUCAACGAACGCAGCAGAAUACAUUCGAAGCAUACGAAGCGCAAGCUCCGUUGCAAUCGCAGAAGCAACAAAAUCCCGACUAUGUGUAUCAACCUGAUCAAACGCUGCAAUCUUAUCCCAGUGCCGUGGAAGAUUUCACCAUCAGCUGCAGCGGUGAAAAUAAAGUCUGCGUGGCUAAAAGUCUGUGCAUCGACGGAUAUGUGCAUCCCUUGAAACAAGGAUUUAUCCGGCCAGGACAGGUACAGGAGUGCAAGCUCAGUCAUGAAGUAUGCUGUACUGUGCGAUACGAUUUAGACAAUUUACCGUAUAACGAUCGGAUUAAUACGGUGCUGAAAGAUAAUCAGUAUCCGGAACCUACUCUGCAAAACGAUGAGAAAUACGUUCCGUACGGAGAAAAUAACCAGGCAGAUGUGACCGUAUUGCCUCCGUUGGGUCCCAACACCGAAUUGCAAUCCCCGUCGGGCAAUUACGUGAUCAAGCCUGUUAAUCAACCUCACAAUGUUAGGCCAGUCGAGGAAGUGCCAAUCGAUUAUAAUCAGAUACCAUCCGACACGAAUCAACAGGAGCAGUAUCAAACAGGUGGUACCAGUGACAGCGAGCCGGUCUUCCCUCCAAGAAAAACAGCUCCUACAAAUUCCAAUCCUGUCUUUCAAUUUUCGGUUCAAAUGGGAUGCGCGGCCGCCCUCCUCUGCGUAGAAGAGCAGUACUGUACAUUAGAAGGAGUGAUUAGCCAGCAACCAGUCACGCUUACGAGCAAACAGCUUUUACGACGCGUUCCCUUGAGCAGCUGCAGAAUUGCGGAGACCGGAGUAAUCGGCAAGUGUUGUCGCGACCCGAACUACGUGGAUCCGUGGCCGACGGGCAAUCUACCGGCCAACUAUUCCGGCGGGUUCGACGAGCAGGGUUUCCCGACGUUCCUGAAUAUCGCGAAAGUGCGACCAUCGACGAGGAAGCCGGCCAUUACGCAACCGCCCAUCAAAACCGUCCCCAAGCCGCCGAUCAAGACGCCCGUUGCACCACCGCCGGUCCACGAAAACCUGCAACCCACGAACGUCGUGCCUCUGGUACCGGACGAUUCCGACAUAAUCCCGCAAAGCGUGCUACCGAUCUCAACCCCCCCGGUCCCGAUAGUACCCCCAAUCAGCACCCCCGCACCAUUCAUCAAGAAUCCAUAUGAUUCUACGAGCGAACGGGAUUCUGUCCCCAUCGCCCCUGAAUUGCAAUUGCCCCACAAUCCAUGCGGAGUGAGAAAUUAUGGACAACGUCCGACCGGCUUCAGAGAUACCGAUGCGGCUUUUGGAGAAAUUCCAUGGCAAGCGAUGGUCUUGUGGUCGGAAGAACGUAAAAUUUUGUGUUCUGGGGCGCUGAUAUCGCCAGACAUUGUUCUGACAGCUGCUAGUUGCAUAGACAGAUUCCCAUCAAGCGAAUUGUCUGUGAAACUCGGGGAAUGGAAGUUGGGCUAUGAACUUCAACACGAGGAACCGCUACCAUUCGAAAUCAUCAAUGUACGAACGAUUAAAUUUCAUCCUGGAUAUGCGCAAGGAUUACCCGGCAACGAUAGCGCUAUGCUGGUCCUGGAACAUCCCGCGACGUUUAAUUUACAUAUCAACACUCUGUGUCUUCCCGACGACUAUCAGGUGCAAGAAACUUCGCAAUGCAUUGUGACCGGAUGGGGCAAAUCGAUAUUGCAAGCUCAUUACGCUGGUGCUAUCAUGCACAUGGUCGACGUAGACCUUUUGCCGCAUGACGUCUGUCAAAAUCGCGUCUUGGGUGCCGAGACUCCUAUCAACAUCGCGCAUAAUAUAAUCUGCGGCAAGGCGCAGACAAAUAACAUGUGUCAAGCUGAUAUCGGUGCUCCGUUGGCUUGUUACGACGGCAAUGGGGCUUAUCAUAUUGCUGGCAUUUACAGCCAAGACACCGGAUGUCUUCCCACGAAUCAAGUGGCGACAUUCACUCCCAUUGACAUCACCUGGGUGAAACAAACCAUGUAUCCCGAAACUAAGAUAGAUGACGGUUACGAUUAUCGAAAAAGUAACGUACCAGCGGGUAACGAGUAUUUGCCACCAGUGUAAAGGUAAACGGUAUACAAUUACAACGGUAUACUGUUGUGUAGCAUAUUUUCUUUUUAAUACUCAUGAAUGGUAGGGCGAGGAAGCGCGACAGACGCGCUCGCAUAAUACUCGAUUUAGCGUAAUGCUGCAGAGAAUAAUUAGUGGCGUUUAAUCGAUUUCAUGCUAAGUCGCAAGUCAGCAAUCGUCGGGAGACGAUUGCGCGUUAGAGAUAAUCGUUGCCGAUACUAAACAUAAACUACUUUACAACGCUCCGCUUUCCGAGUAUUAUUACAUUUUGUAUAAUAUAGCAAAACAACGAUACAACGAUCAAAAUCUAUUAGAAUUUAAACGAACUCGGGAUUAAUUCAGCACCAAAGUAAGGGUACUCAGAGCAACUAUAUGUGACAAUAAAAAAGAUAUACAAAAGGAUAUACUCCUAGACUUUUGUAGACGCAAAUAUAUUUAUUUGCCUGAUGUAAUACAAAAAUAAUAUAAAUGUGUCUGUACAUAACGGCAAUGUCGUAUAAACGAUGUAUGCUUCUGCGAGUAAGAUUAAGCUACCGGGGAAUUUAUCGAAAAAAUGAUAUAUUACGUUUAAUAAAUAUUUGUUAGAGAAUA